UUUUAUUUUAUUAUGCUUGUGAACAGUAGGAGAUGACAUCAAUGACAUACAACUUUGUAUACAAUACACAAUAUGUAUUCAAGAAUAUAUUCAAUGUCAUCAGAAUAAAUAGGAAAGUAAAAGCAAAAAGUUACUGAUUGAUAAGAAAGAUAAGAAAGGGAAGAUAAGCUAGAAAAAACACACCCCACAGAAGACUGAUUUUGCAUCGACUUGUGAUCGUGUUAUGUAGGGAUACGCGUGUGCAUGUGCUUAAUUUUUAUUUUUUUUUAUAGACAUCACCUGGAUUCAUUCAUUUAGAGAAUGCUCAAGCUUGCGUAUCUGUUGUCAUGCUUGACAGUUGUCAAUGCAGGUUCUCACUCACUGAUGGUUUUGGCAACAUAUAUAGCUGGACAGACACCAUUUCCUGAGUUCAGUGCUGUGGUGAUGUUGGAUGAUCUGCAAAUAAUGUAUUAUGACUCAAUCACAUGGAAAGUUGUCUAUCGCACUAACAGUGAUUCAAAAUACUUUGAUGAAGAGCAAAGUGAUGCUGGUGUUGUAUUUCAAGACAUGUAUAAUGGCUUGAAAACACGUGAUGUUUAUGUUAAGGAACACCUAAAUCACACAGAUGGUGUACAUGUUUAUCAGAGACUUACUGGAUGUGAACUGUUGAAUGGUGAUAAACCAGGUCCACUUUAUUUCUGGGAAGCUUUUGAUAGUCAAAAUAUGCAGGAGUUCACAUAUGACCUGGAAAAAAAUGUUAUCCAGGUGAAAAAGCCAUGGAUUCCGUGGGACCAAGUGAAACAGCUUCAUAUGAAAUUUUUAAAUGAAAAUGUUUAUCAUCCCAUUUGCAUUAAAUUUCUGCGAAGGUACCUGAAUAUGGAAAAGAACAAUGUGAUGAGAAAAGUGAAACCAAGAGUCAGACUCAUGAAGAAGACACUCCCAGACUCUCAAGGGCUUCAGAUCAGCUGUCUGGCCACUGGUUUUUACCCCCGUCUCAUUAACCUGACUCUGUUCAGAGAUGAUCAGCCUGUGGAUGAUGAUCAGACCACAGGAGGAGAGAUUCUGCCCAACGGAGACGGAUCUUACCAGAUGAGGAAGAGUUUGGUGAUCAGCGCAGAAGAACUACGUGAAGGACACAAAUACAACUGUACAAUGAAGCACCUCAAUCUGGACAACAAACUGGACAUUACAUUUGGUAAAGAAAAACUAACACACAUCUAUCAAACAAAACUGAACAACAAAUUAGACAUUAGAUUGAUGAUACUUUAUUUCCGUUCUAUACAAUUGUCACAGACACGCCAGGCUCUACACUCACCCAGUCACAGCACACUCCCUCACCAGAAUACUAACAAGCCACACCUGACACUCAUCACAGACACCAUAAACAGCACUACAAAAGACACUCCAGAACACUCAGUCACUGUCCGAUCUCGUUAAUGCAUACCAACCUGUUAUGCUUACCUCAAGGACUCCUCCAGCAAAUACUUACCUGUCUCCAGCGUUCCCCACGACUCCUAGUUUUCUCUGUGUCUCCUGUGAGUGUCUCUGUGUCUCGUCAGCUCCUUGUCUGCCUGCCAUCCAUGAUCCCUGGGAAUACAAGAUAAGCAUCAGCAACAUGAUCAUCGUCAGUCACAGAAUAUACCUGCAUUCACUCACCUGCACUCUCCGGUUGUUCAAUAAACAUCUACUUGCACUUUACCUGUGUCUCCGCCCCCUUCUGUACGUAACAGAAGACUGGACCAAAACCGUCUGAACAGCCAAGAUGAGCACUCCUGAUCCGUUUCAAGACCUUGUGGAUGCACUUCGCCGCACGCUCACCAGCACCUCCACAACAACGCCACUACCACCAGCGCCCACUUCCGCAUUUCCCGCUGCAUCUCCUUCGCCAUCUGUGGUCGCCAGUCCCAUGGCCAAACCGGCACCCUUCUCUGGCUCAGCGGAGGACUGCAACGGAUAUCUGCUUCAGUGUUCACUGGUCCUGGAGAUGCAACCGCACCAGUAUCCCAACGACAGUUCCAAAGUGGCUUUCAUAAUGUCUCAACUCGGCAGAAAAGCACUUCGCUGGGCUAAACCACUCUGGUCGCAGAAAAAUCCUAUUUUCAAUCUCUGUCAAGUUUCACAGCCCACUUCAAAGAAGUCUUUGGAAAGCCAGCCUGGGAUUCGUCUAUCGGUGAGAAAUUAUGCAAACUUAAACAAGGUUCAAUGUCUGUGACUGACUAUGCUCUCCAGUUUCGAACCCUAGCUGCAGCAAGUGGUUUGAAUGAACAAGCCCUUAUUACGACCUAUCAUCAUGGCCUGGAUCCCCAUGUGUGGUUGCAUCUCGCUGCAUACGAGGACACCAUCGGGCUCGAAAAAUUCAUCCAGCUAUCCAUCAGAUUCGCCACUCGUAUGCAGCUGUGUCUCGAAGAGCACCAGGGCCAGCUGUUUUCUCCAUCCAUCCUCCGCCAGCCAGAAUCCUUCAGCCACCCAGAACCAGCCAACGAACCCAUGCAAAUAGAAAAUUCUCAUCUGUCUUCUGCUGAGCGGCAGAGGAGGCUGACCCAGAACCUCUGCCUUUACUGUGGCCGUGCUGGGCAUUACAUUGCUGAAUGCCCCACUCGCCCCGUGCAACCCAUGGUGAGUGUUAUCAUGCCUACGUUGAAUAAGAUGAAACCGCUCACCAUUGUUGUAAACCUUACUGCUGCCGACUUCUGUCUUCCAGGUAAUGCUCUCCUCGACUCUGGGUCAGCCGGAAACUUCAUCUCCGGAGCCCUCUGCCGCCAGCUUCAACUCAAGACAACAGCCAUGCCGAAGAUCUACCAGAUCCAAUGGGUUUGGUUGGUAACGGGAAGACCCCUCCGUCAAGUGCGUUACAGUGUCGGUCAACUUCAACACCAGAUCGGCAUUCUUCAUAACGAAGAGAUCCACCUGCUGGUUCUGGAGGAUUCAAUUGUUGACAUGAUUUUAGGGUGCCCCUGGCUAGAGCAGCAUAACCCCAUCAUCUCCUGGAGGACAGGAGAGAUCCUGAAGUGGGGUAACCAGUGCUUCAAUGACUGUAUUUCCGAGUUUCCAGUUCCUAGUCUCCCACGUUCAAAAAGGAAUCCAAGUCUGUGUUACAUCUGUGGAAAGUCCACUCGAAAGUCGCUCAACGGACAUCCCUGCAUGUUACUUCCACUUCAGCGAUGUU